AUGACCUCCAGCUGUUCUUACACUGCGAUAGGGCAGACGGUCUUUGACCUCACCUCUGGCGCCGUCCCUGCCCCUGCUGCUGAUGCUGACGCCACUGUUCGCUCACAGUGGGCCACGCGCGAUGCUGCUGCACCUCUUGCUGUGCGUCGCCACCUGCCUGCCGCUGAGCGCGCGCACUUUAGUCAGUACAAGAGUGCCCAGACCUUGUACGACGCUGUAGUUGCGCGCUACUCCUCCCCUGCCACUGCUGCACUGAGCCGCCUCAUGCUCCCCUUCCUUUUCCCUGACCUUGCCGCCUUUCCCACUGUCGCUGACCUCAUUACGCACCUCCGCACUAGUGACACUCGCUACCGCGCUGCGCUUCCUGCUGACUUUUGCGCCAAGAACCCCCCCCCAAUGUACAUCACUCUCUACUUUUUAGUCACUCGCCUCCCUGACUCCCUUCGUGUAGUCCGGGACCACUUCCUCGCGGUCUGUCCCACCACCCUCACAAUCGACAGCCUUGAGAAGGCCCUCCUAGCGGCGGAGAAGAGCAUAGUCGCUGUAGGAGCCUCUCGAGGUGACCCCCGCGCCCCCAUCUUUGAGGGGUGUUCUCCUUCCCCUCUCUUGCCCUCUGUCGCCUCUGCCGCUGCGGCCGACCUCGUUGGUCUUGAGUCGGUCGGUGCGGCGUCUGCCCCUAGCGGGAGACGCCGCUCUGGCAAGGGCAAGGGGGGCAAGGGAGCGGGUGGGGCCAGCGGGGGCGGUGGAGGUGGAGGUGGAGGCGGCGGAGGGAGUGGGGGUGGCGGUGGAGGUGGUAGCAGGGGUGGGGGUGCUAGUGGCGGCAGUGGAGGCGGAGGCGGGGGUGGUGGAGGCGGAGGCGGGGGUGGCGGUGGUGGAGGUGGUCGGAGUGGCGCUUCGCAGCGGAGCAGCACUGGGGGUGGUCAGCGCCAGCAGCAGCAGCGUUCUCGCGACGUCCCCACCCCUCAGCAGCUCCGUGAGUGGUACACGCAGCGUCAGCGUGGUGGGGGUUUUGGUCCCUGCACCUACGUUCUUCGCACUGGCGACCGCGCUGGAGAGCAGUGUGGGGGUACCCACACCGCCCAGCGUUGCUUUGGCCGCCUGACGGACGCUUGGCGCAAGCAGUUCCCGGAGGCCGCGGAGAUCCCCCGCUGGGGAGAGCUGUCUAGGGCUGGUGUAGCUAUCUUUGAUCUUGACUUUGAUGCUAUCCUUGCUGCCAUGUAUGCUGUGACCAUUAGUGAUGAGGGUGACUGUUACCGGUGUUUCCCGCCCGACCCGGGCAUUGGUACUGCUGCUCUAGGUGCCAGCGAGGCUUCUGCUCUAGGUGCCAGUGCGUCUGUGCUCUCAGGUACUGGUGAGGCUGCUCUCUCAGGUACUAGUGAGUCUGCGCUCUCAGGUACUUCGUCGGCUUCGGCCUCCCACACCUUCACCCUUGACUCUGGAGCGUCUCGCUCCUUCUUUCGGGACUGCACCACACUCACGCCGCUUAGUCGCCCGGUUGCGGUGUCCCUGGCUGACCCCUCUGGGGGUCCUGUCCUGUCUCGCUUCUCCACAGUCCUCCCAUGUCCGGCGGCUCCCUCUGGCACCCUGUCUGGUCUCUACCUCCCCUUGUUCUCUACGAACUUGGUGAGUGGUGCUGACCUUCAGGAUGCGGGAGUCCACCAGUUCACCCCUGCUCGUCAGCGAGUGACGCACUGUACAGAGGCUAGCACAGGUCGUCACUUGGCUACGUUUACACGUCAGCCAGGGUCGAGCCUGUACACACUGACCACUGCUUCUCCUCCAGUUCCUGAGUCUGGUAGGGUCCCUUCGUCUGGUCAGGUGUUCACUGCAGCGUCCAGGUCUGGUCCUGAGUCUGCCCCCUGUUCGUGUCGUCGUCUGUCUCACGAGACUCUCCUCUGGCACCACCGCUUGGGUCACCCCUCUCUGCUUCGGCUCAGGGGCAUGGCCUCCCGUCUUCUUGUGUCUGGUCUCCCCCGGUCCCUCCCUCCCCUUCCUCAGGGCCCUGGCCCUACCUCUGUCCCCUGUGUCGAGGGGCGCCAGCGGGCUGCCCCUCACUCCUCCCAGUUUCCUCCGACAGAGGCUCCGUUGCAGACGCUUCACAUGGACGUGUGGGGCCCUGCCCGCGUCCGUGGACUCGGUCACGAGCGCUACUUCCUGUUGGUGGUUGACGACUACUCGCGUUACACCACAGUCUUCCCCUUGCGCAGCAAGGGUGAUGUCACUGAGGUGCUGAUCGACUGGAUCCGCGCAGCUCGUCUCCAGCUCAGGAAGAGCUUUGGCUCGGACUUUCCUGUGUUGCGUCUGCACUCAGACAGAGGCGGGGAGUUCUCCUCUGGCCUUCUGCGUUCCUACUGUCGUGCGCGAGGCAUCCGUCAGACCUUCACGCUUCCGGACUCACCGCAGCAGAAUGGGAUUGCAGAGCGCCGCAUUGGCAUGGUCAUGGACGUCGCUCGUACGUCUAUGAUGCAUGCGGCUGCCCCCCAUUUUCUGUGGCCGUUUGCGGUGAGGUACGCGGCGCAUCAGAUCAGCCUCCACCCCAGGGUCUCCAGGCCGGAGACCUCCCCAGCCCUGCUGUGGACGGGGAAGGUUGGCGAUGCGUCGGCGUUCCGGGUCUGGGGAUCUCGGGCGUUUGUCCGCGACUUGUCUGCGGACAAACUGUCCCCUCGCGCUGCUCCCUGCGUCUUCCUUGGGUUCCCCCCCGACGCCCCUGGGUGGCAGUUCUACCACCCCACCUCUCGCCGUAUUCUGUGCUCCCAGGACAUCACGUUCGACGAGUCGGUACCCUACUACCGCCUCUUCCCCUACCGCACUCCGUCCCUCCCCCCACCCCCGCUCUUCUUGGUACCAGGUCCCCCCCCGGUAGACCCCCUUCCCCCUCAGGGUCCUGCCCCUUCAGGUGUGUCCCAGGUAGACGCGGUCGAGCCUGUCAACGUCACUGGUGACUCUGGUGCUGCUGUGGGUGCUGAGCCUAGGGGUGCUGUGACUGGGGGUGCUGUGCCUGGGGGUGCGGAGCCUGGAGCCUGGGGGUGCUGA